UUUCGAUUCAAAAUUAAAUGAAAAUCACGAAAAUCAUAUUUAUUUUCCCAUUGGCCUUAAAGUUUUUUGUAUCAAACGUAAAAAACAAAAUGAAGUUGGUGCGCUUACAGUACUUUGUUUUAUUUUAUUUAAAAACUGCUCGUUUAACAAAAAAACCAAUAACCUAAUCCCAGAUAUACGAACCUACGAAGUAGUCUUCGUAGUCUGUGACCUAAUCGAAAUCAGCGGUCAAUUUUGAUUAUACCAGGUAGAUUGUCACUAGAUGACAGUGCAGGAUCUCAAUUGAAAAUGAGUAAGGACCUCUGGUGGAAGAAUUUGUAACUACCUGAAUUUUUGCUAUCCAUUACUGCGAUACCGUAGGAUUGCAUGGAAGUUUAUGAUUCCGAAUAACAAGUGUCAAGUGAUAUCCAUAUAUCCAUAUAUGUUUGUUUCCCAUACUAUUUUGCGUUUCGAACGAUAAUUCAACUCCAAUUUUACAUUCAUGGAAAUAAAAGCACAUGAGAUGCUGACAAUAGAGUAUGGUGAUCCGUCUCAUCCAACAAGUGCAGGAUAUUCAUCUCUAGUGUCAACAAUUGAUCAUCACCUUAUCAGUAGCUUUCUUCUCAUGCCAAUUACCCAGCUAGCAUGCAUUGGCGUAAACACCAUCAUCUCAUUUGUUGACCACAAGCAACUACCCUAUCUUCUUCUUCACUCUGGUAAUAAUCAACCAUCUGGACACUGGCCUGCUCUCUUCUUCCUUCGUCUUCGCCUCAUCGCUGUGUCUUCGCCGCAUCGCUGUGUCUUUGCCGCAUCGCUGUGUCUUCGCCGCAUCGCUGUGUCUUUGCCGCAUCGCUGUGUCUUCGCCGCAUCGCUGUCUUCGUCUUCGCCUUCACCGCAUCGCUGUCUUCGUCUUCGCCUUUACCGCAUCGCUGUCUUCGUCUUCGCCUUCACCGCAUCGCUGUCUUCGUCUUCCCCUUCACCGCAUCGCUGUCUUCGUCUUCGCCUUCACCGCAUCGCUGUCUUCGUCUACGCCUUUGAGGCAUCACCAUCCUCGGGCCAUCUAUCCUAAAUAAAAAACGGGUGCAGUUCAGCAGCAAACCAAGGCGAUGGAGGAGAUUCAACGAGGAACGUCGUACUGUGGUAUUGUUUUGUUUUGUGUAUAGAACUAGUUAACCCGUUGGCUGCCACCCCGUUUGCGUCCCAUUUUUUUUUUAGCUUUUAGGGACCGGGCGCUGUUCUGCCCCAUGGCCAUGGGUGGAACAGUCGCCGCGCCUAAAGGCUUCGUGCCUUUAGGCGCCGUAGGCAAUGCACCAGUAGGGACUCUCUUUGUCGGUGCGGUGAUAGAUUCCUGGGGUGUGCAUUCCCGGAAUGGAAUCUAUUACCGUGUCAGCCCGGACUUGUCUUCGGACAAGUCCCCCUUUGUUCGUGGAUCCAUCUGACGCGAAGCGUAGCAACUGUAGUGAAGCAACCUACGGGUUGCAUGGCCUGGCAGCCAACGGGUUAACUUAGUUAAUUGUGUGUGUAUUUAUUGUGUGUAUUGUAUGUAUGUAUGUAUAUGUAUUUUAUACUUGUGUUAUGUAUUUUGUGUU